AUGACAUCUGACGGACACUUCUCAACCGACGUUAUUUCAACUUCGUCGUCGUCAACUGCAUUAGCAAAAUCUGUUGACAAAGUCAUUGUGACUAUAACAUGGAUUUUAAUGUUACUUACUUUCCCGUUUUCACUAUUGUUUUGUCUGAAGAUAGUUCACGAGUACAGAAGAAUGGUUGUCUUCAGGUUAGGGAGAAUUCGAGGUCGUCGUCCACUAGGACCAGGCAUUGUUUUUGUUUUGCCUUUCAUAGAUGAUCAUGAAACUGUGGAUUUGAGGACGAUGUCUUAUGACGUUCCCACUCAAGAAAUGCUUACUCGAGAUAGCGUUACUGUUAGUGUUGAUGCUGCUGUGUAUUAUAGAACCAGAGAUCCAAUAGCUGCUUUAUCGGCAGUAACUGAUGCUCAUCUGUCAACAAGACAACUAGCCCAAACAACGUUAAGAAACGUUCUGGGUACGAGAACUCUGGGUCAAAUAAUGAUAGAUAGGGAAGGAAUUGCUGCUCAAGCGAAAAUGAUUCUCGAUCAAGUGACAGCUACAUGGGGAAUCCAUGUGGAGAGAGUAGAAAUUAAAGACAUUCGACUUCCCAGAGAACUAUGUCGAGCAAUGGCAGCUGAAGCAGAAGCAGUUCGAGAAAGCGACGCUCGUGUUGUGUGUGCACAAGGAGAGCUCAAUGCUUCUGUAGCUCUCCGUAAAGCAGCUGAUGAACUGAGUGGAUGCCCUACUGCUCUACAACUUAGGUACUUACAUUCUCUCACAAAGAUAUCCGCUCACGAUAAUCAUACUGUAGUUGUCCCUGUUCCAUUUGAAGCUCUGCGCAAACUGAUUCAAAGAUUUCAAAAGAAGAAGUAUUGA